UCCAGAUUCUUUUUUUUUUGCAUUUUUUUCUAAUAUCAUUUGCUGAAAGGUGGUUACUUCUUAAGCAAGGAUUGCUUUAGUGGAUGUUUCCAAAGCAGUCUGUUACUAUUUCAAAGGUCAGAGAGGUAAUGAUUAAGUUGUGCAUCACUUAAAGGUAGAUUUUGACCUCUCACAAGUUGAAGAUCUAAGAUCAUUUACACCCCUUGGGAAGGAAAAAUAACGUAGCUGUCAAGGGCAAAGAAGAGAGAACUGAAGAGUUGCAGGAUAUUUCACAGGCCAAAGUACAUCUGCCUGAUUUGCUUUCUCUCAAAUCCCACACUCGGCUGGAGGGCUUCCUUCUUCCUGACAACGGAGGAGGGUUGCUGAGGAACAUGUCCUCAUCUUUUCUUUGGAGUUUGGUUAUUUUGUUGACAUUUGCUGAAUCAAAUGGUGGAACUGGAGAACUUGAGCUGCAGAGACAAAAGAGAAGUACUGAGCUCCAACAGCCUAGGAUGGCUGCAGAAAGGGGAAAUUUAGUGUUUCUUGCUGGGACUGCUCAGAACAUUGAAUUCAGAACUGGAUCCCUGGGAAAAAUCAAAUUAAAUGAGGAAGACCUUGGCGAAUGUUUACAUCAGAUCCAGAGAAACAAAGAUGAUAUUAUAGAUUUAAAAAGGAGUGCAGUCGGUCUGCCUCAAAAUAUUUCCAGUCAAAUCCAUCAGCUUAAUUCUAAGCUUGUGGAUAUGGAGAGAAAAUUUCAAAACUUACAGCAGACAGUUGACAGAAAGGUUUGCAGCAGCAAUCCCUGCCAAAAUGGGGGAACCUGCCUCAAUCUCCAUGAUUCCUUUUAUUGUAUCUGUCCCUCCCAGUGGAAGGGUCCUCUGUGCUCAGUUGAUGUGAAUGAAUGUGCGAUUUACUCAGGAACACCCUUGGGAUGUCAGAAUGGAGCCACAUGUGAAAAUACAGCAGGGAGUUACAGUUGUCUCUGCUCACCUGAGACACACGGCCCCCAGUGUGCAUCCAGAUACGACGACUGCGAAGGGGGCUCCAAGGAGCUCUGUGUCCACGGCAUCUGCGAGGAUCUAGUCCGCGUGCAGGCUGACCAGCCCAGGUACAGCUGCAUCUGCGACGUGGGGUGGACGUCCCCGCUGAACGGCCCGGCCUGUGUGCUGGACAUAGAUGAGUGCAGCCUCCAGCACUCACCGUGCUCAACACUCGCGCAGUGCUUCAACACACCAGGCUCCUUCUACUGUGGGGCCUGCCCAACAGGCUGGCAAGGAAAUGGAUACAGUUGCCAAGAUAUCAAUGAAUGUGAGAUAAAUAAUGGUGGUUGUUCCGUGGCUCCACCUGUCACCUGUGUGAAUACAUUUGGGUCUUACCACUGUCAAGCUUGUCCACCAGGGUACCAAGGCAAUGGAAGAGUGUGCACACUCAUUGACAUCUGCUCAGUCAGCAAUGGAGGCUGCCACCCAGAUGCAUCAUGCUCCUCAGUUCUAGGUUCCUUACCUCUCUGCACUUGUCUCCCGGGGUAUACUGGAAAUGGUUAUGGGCCAAAUGGAUGUGUGCAACUCAGUAAUAUUUGCCAGAGCCGCCCCUGUUUAAAUGGACAGUGCAUUGAAACAGUCUCUGGUUAUCUUUGUAAGUGUGAAUCAGGUUGGGCUGGCAUCAACUGUACAGAAAAUAUAAAUGAGUGUCUGAGCAACCCCUGCUUGAAUGGGGGAACUUGUGUGGAUGGCAUUAAUGCUUUCAGUUGUGAAUGUACUCGUUUCUGGACUGGACUCCUCUGUCAGAUUCCCCAGCAAGUGUGUGGAGGGUCCCUCUCAGGGAUGAGUGGAAGUUUCAGCUACAUGAGCCCUGAUGUUGGUUAUGUACAUGAUGUCAACUGCUUCUGGGUUAUCCGAACUGAAGAGGGAAAGGUUCGAGAUGAUCAAACCUUACUUGGAAAAGUCUGUGGCAAUGAAACCAUCUCUAACAUUAAAUCCAUUACUAAUAGUAUCUGGAUCAGGCUUAAAAUAGAUGCUUCUGUUGUAAGAGCUAGUUUCAGAGCUGUUUAUCAAGUCGCUUGUGGAGGAGAAUUAACUGGAGAAGGGGUCAUUCGCUCACCUUUUUAUCCUAAUGUGUAUCCAGGAGAAAGGAUCUGCAGGUGGACCAUCCACCAGCCCCAAAGCCAAGUAGUUAUUCUCAACUUCACUGCCUUUGAAAUUGAAAGUUCUACCCACUGUGAUACAGAUUAUAUUGAGAUUGGUAGCAGUUCCAUUUUGGGUUCUCCUGAAAAUAAGAAAUAUUGUGGCACAGACAUACCUUCAUUUAUAACAUCUGUGUACAAUUUUCUUUAUGUCAUAUUUGUGAAAAGUUCUUCUACUGAAAAUCGUGGUUUCAUGGCUAAAUUCAGUUCUGCAGACUUGGCAUGUGGAAAAAUUCUGACAGAGUCAACAGGAAUCAUUCAAAGUCCUGGCCAUCCAAAUAUCUACCCUCAUGGCAUCAAUUGUACCUGGCAUAUAUUAGUCCAACCUGGCCACCUGAUUCAUCUGAUAUUCAGGGUAUUUCAUCUGGAGUUUCAUUACAAUUGCACAAAUGACUAUUUGGAAGUUUAUGACACUGGUUCUGAGACAUCUCUUGGGAGAUAUUGUGGAAAAUCAAUCCCGCCCUCUCUUACCAGUAGUACCAACUCAUUAAUGCUUAUAUUUGUGGCUGACUCUGACAUUGCUUAUGAAGGCUUUUUAAUAAACUAUGAAGCAAUUGAUGCAUCGGCAGCAUGCAUGGAAGACUAUACAGAAGAGUCUGGGACUUUUACUUCUCCAAACUUCCCUGAUAAUUACCCCAACAAUUUGAAAUGCAUUUAUAGGAUCACGGUGGAAACCAGCCAACAGAUUGCAUUGCACUUCACAAAUUUCUCUUUGGAGGAGGCCAUUGGUGGACACUGUAUAGGAGAUUUUGUGGAAAUCAGAGAUGGAGGCUAUGAAAGUUCACCACCCCUGGGAACAUACUGUGGCUCAAAUCCACCUCCAAGAAUCAUCUCUCACAGUAACAAACUAUGGUUACAAUUUAAGAGUGACUUCCUUGGCUCAGGGCCUGGAUUCUCAGUUUACUGGGAUGGAUCAUUGACAGGUUGUGGGGGCAAUCUCACGACUCCCACUGGUGUGUUCACUUCUCCCAACUACCCAAUGCCCUACUACCACAGCUCCGAAUGCUAUUGGAGGUUGAAAUCCAGCCACGGCAGCCCAUUUGAACUGGAAUUUGAAGACUUUCACUUGGAGAAUCACCCAAACUGCAUGUCAGAUUAUCUGGCUGUAUAUGAUGGCCCAAGUACCAGCUCUCAUUUGCUAAGUCAGCUUUGUGGGAAUGAAAAACCGCCUCUCAUCCGUUCUAGUGGAGACAGCAUGUUUUUAAAAUUCAGGACAGAUGAAGGUCAACAAGGAGGUGGCUUCCUAGCCAAAUACCAGCAAACAUGUAGGAACGUGGUGAUUGUGAACCGAACCUAUGGCAUCUUAGAGAGUAUACAUUACCCAGGACCCUAUUCUGACAAUCAGCGUUGCAACUGGACCAUCCAGGCCUCUAUUGGCAACACAGUGAAUUACACAUUUUUAGCAUUUGAAUUGGAAAAUCACAUAAACUGCUCCACAGACUAUUUAGAGCUCCAUGACGGCCCCCGGCGGAUUGGACGCUACUGUGGAACAGAUAUGCCACCCACAGGGAGCACCACAGGCUCCAAGCUUCAAGUGCUGUUCUACACCGAUGGGGUCAGUCACCAUGAGAAAGGAUUUCAGAUGCAGUGGUUCAUUCACGGUUGUGGUGGGGAGUUGUCUGGGACUAUGGGCUCCUUCAGCAGCCCCGGGUACCCCAACACGUAUCCCCCCAACAAGGAGUGCCUCUGGUACAUUACCACAGCCCCUGGGAGUAGCAUUCAGCUCACCAUCCAUGACUUUGAUGUGGAGUAUCAUGUAAGGUGCAACUUUGACGUCCUGGAGAUCUAUGGAGGCCCUGAUUUCCACUCUCCCCGAAUAUCUCAGCUGUGUGCCCAAAGAUCAUCUGAGAAUCCCAUGCAGGUCUCCAGCACUGGAAAUGAGCUAGCCAUCCGCUUCAAGACCGACAGCUCUGUAAAUGGGAGAGGCUUCAAUGCCUCAUGGCAAGCAGUCCCCGGAGGUUGUGGCGGAAUUUUCCAGGCUCCCAAUGGAGAGAUUCAUUCUCCAAAUUACCCCAGUCCUUAUAGGCGUAACACUGACUGCUCCUGGGUCAUUCGGGUGGAAAGAAAUCACCGUGUUCUCUUGAACUUCACUGAUUUUGACCUUGAGCCUCAGGACUCUUGUAUUACGGCAUACGAUGGUUUAAGCGCCACAACUACCCGCCUUGCCCGUGUGUGUGGAAGACAGCUGCUGGCUAACCCCAUCACCUCUUCAGGAAACAGCCUCUUUCUGCGAUUUCAAUCCGGCCCUUCCAGACAGAGCAGGGGCUUCCGAGCUCACUUCAGGCAAGCCUGUGGAAGCUACAUCCUCACCGACUCAUUUGAUACUAUAUCCUCUCCAUUGUUCCCUGCCAAGUAUCCAAACAAUCAGAACUGCAGCUGGAUAAUUCAAGCUCAACCUCCGUUCAACCACAUUACCCUCUCCUUUGACCACUUUGGACUCGAAAGCAGCACAACGUGUACACAAGACUUUAUAGAAAUUUUGGAUGGUGAUUAUGAUGAUGCGCCCCUCCGAGGCCGCUACUGUGGCACCUCCAUGCCCCAUCCCAUCACUUCCUUCAGCCAUGCUCUGACGCUGAGGUUCGUCUCUGAUUCUCGAGCGAAUUCCGAAGGUUUCCAUGCCACAUAUGCAGCAUCAUCAUCCGCUUGUGGUGGAACCUUCCACAUGGCUGAAGGCAUCUUCAACAGUCCCGGCUACCCGGAAGUUUAUCCCUCUAAUGUGGAAUGUGUCUGGAACAUUGUCAGUUCCCCUGGCAACCGGCUCCAGCUGUCUUUUAUAACUUUCCAGUUGGAGGAUUCCCGGGACUGUAGCAGAGAUUUUGUGGAGGUCCGUGAAGGAAACGCCACCGGUCCCUUGGUGGGGCGAUACUGUGGAAAUGUCCUCCCCCUCAAUUACUCAUCCAUUGUUGGGCAUAUCCUGUGGAUCAGAUUUGUCUCAGAUGGCUCAGGCAGUGGCACAGGCUUCCAAGCCACAUUUACUAAAAUAUUUGGCAAUGAUAAUAUUGUGGGAACUCAUGGGAAAGUUGCCUCUCCCUUAUGGCCUGGACGUUACCCCCACAACUCCAAUUACCAAUGGAUAGUAAAUGUGAAUGCAUCUCAAGUUAUCCAUGGUAGAAUCUUGGAGAUAGACAUUGAAGCAGCACCUGGCUGCUAUUAUGACAAAUUAAGGAUUUAUGAUGGCCAUGGUGUUCAUUCCCGCCUAAUUGGAACUUAUUGUGGUACCCAGACCACAACUUUUAGCUCCUCUAGAAAUUCUUUGACAUUUCAGUUUUCUUCCGACUCUUCAGUCACAGGGAAAGGAUUCCUUCUGGAGUGGUUUGCCGUGAAUGUCUCUGUUGGACCUUUACCUACUAUUGCUACAGGUGCUUGUGGUGGCUUCCUGAGGACAGGAGAUGCGCCGGUCUUUCUCUUCUCCCCAGGCUGGCCUGAAAGCUACAGUAACAAUGUUGACUGCAUGUGGCUUAUUCAGGCUCCAGAUUCUACUGUGGAACUUAACAUCCUUUCCCUGGACAUCGAAGCUCACAGAACUUGUGACUAUGACAAACUUGUCAUAAGAGAUGGAGACAGUAACCUGGCCCCGCAGCUAGCAGUUCUCUGUGGCAGAGAGAUCCCUGGACCCAUCCGGUCCACUGGAGAGUACAUGUUCAUCCGGCUCACCUCGGACUUCAGUGUAACUGGAGCGGGCUUCAAUGCAUCCUUUCACAAAAGUUGUGGUGGAUAUUUGCAUGCAGACAGAGGGAUUAUCACAUCCCCUCAGUAUCCGGAGACCUACAGUCCCAACCUCAAUUGCUCUUGGCACGUUUUGGUUCAGAGUGGUCUGACCAUUGCUGUCCAUUUUGAACAGCCCUUCCAGAUUCCAAAUGGAGAUUCUUCUUGCAGUCAGGGGGACUACUUGGUGCUGAAAAAUGGACCUGAUAUCUAUUCUCCACCCUUGGGACUCCAUGGAGGAAAUGGUCAUUUUUGUGGCAGUCAUCCUUCCUCCACUCUGUUCACCUCAGAUAAUCAAAUGUUUGUUCAGUUUAUUUCUGAUGCUAGUAAUGGAGGGCAAGGAUUUAAGAUCAAAUAUGAGGCAAAAAGUUUAGCCUGUGGGGGCAAUAUCUACAUCCACGAUGUGGAUUCUGCGGGGUAUGUGACCUCCCCCGGCCACCCUGACAAUUACCCCCAGCACGCUGAUUGCACUUGGCUCCUAGCUGCUCCUCCUGGAAAGCUCAUAAGGCUGCAGUUUGAAGAUCAGUUCAAUAUUGGAGAAACACCCAACUGCACAUCCAAUUACCUUGAGUUGAGAGACGGGGCUGAUUCAAAUGCACCAGUACUUUCCAAGGUUUGUGGGAGAUCUUUGCCCAGGAGCCAGUUGUCCUCAGGAGACGUGAUGUAUUUGAGAUUCCGAUCUGACAACAGCCCCACUCAGGUGGGGUUCAAGAUCAAGUAUGCUAUAGCCCACUGUGGGGGAAGAGUGACAGGGCAAAGUGGUGUCAUUGAAAGCGGAUAUCCAACACUUCCGUAUAGAGACAAUUUAUUCUGUGAGUGGCAUCUCGAGGGUCCCUCAGGACACUAUCUUACCAUCCAUUUUGAAGACUUUAACCUUCAGAAUUCCUCUGGCUGUGAAAAAGACUUUGUGGAGAUCUGGGAAAACCAUACCUCUGGAAGUUUAUUGGGCAGAUACUGUGGAAACACCAUUCCGGACAGCAUAGACACUUCUAGCAAUGUUGCUUUGGUGAGGUUUGUCACAGAUGGCUCUCUUACUGCCUCAGGAUUCAGACUCCAAUUUGAAUCCAGCAUGGAAGAGUGUGGUGGGGAUCUACAGGGCCCUACGGGAACAUUUACCUCUCCCAACUACCCGAACCCGAAUCCUCAUGGCCGGGUCUGUGAGUGGAGGAUCACAGUGCAAGAAGGAAGGCGGAUCACCCUGACUUUUAACAACCUGAGUCUGGAAGCUCGUCCAUCCUGCAGCAGCGAGCGUGUGACGAUAUUCAAUGGCAUUAGAAGUAACUCACCCCAGCUAGAGAAACUGUGUAGUAAUGUGAACGUAAGCGACGCGAUCAGAUCUUCAGGAAAUACAAUGAAAGUCGUGUUUUUCACUGAUGGAUCCAGGCCAUAUGGAGGCUUCAGUGCUUCCUACACAUCCAGCGAAGACGCAGUGUGUGGUGGGUCCCUUACACAUUUCCCUGAAGGAAACUUUACUUCUCCUGGCUAUAAUGGAGUCAGUAAUUACUCAAGAAACUUAAACUGUGAAUGGACGCUCAGCAAUCCAAAUCAGGGAAAUUCAUCUAUGUACAUUCAGUUUGAGGAUUUUUACCUGGAAAGUCACCAAGACUGUCAGUUUGAUGUCCUUGAGUUCCGAGCAAGUAAUGCUGAUGGGCCUCUGAUGUGGAGACUUUGUGGACCUUCAAAACCUACAGUGCCACUGGUUACACCUUAUCCUCAAGUAUGGAUACACUUUGUCACCAAUGAACAUGUAGAACAUGUUGGAUUCCAUGCGGAGUAUUCUUUUACAGACUGUGGUGGAAUACAGCUGGGUGAGAGUGGAGUGAUCACAAGCCCCAACUAUCCAGCCUCUUAUGACAGCCUGACCCACUGUUCCUGGUUGUUGGAAGCCCCAGAAGGCCAUACCAUCACUCUUACAUUUAGUGACUUUGAUAUUGAAGCCCAUGCAACCUGUGUUUGGGACUCUGUCACUGUCAGGAAUGGUGGUUCUCCUGGAUCACCCAUAAUAGGACAAUACUGUGGAAGUUCAAACCCCGGGACAAUCCAGUCUGGUUCCAACCAGCUGGUGGUGAUUUUUAACUCAGACCAUUCGGUGCAAAAUGGUGGAUUUUAUGCCACAUGGAACACACAGACAUUAGGAUGUGGAGGUAAUUUCACGAACCCUUCAGGUUACAUCCUUUCUCCAAACUACCCAAAGCAAUAUGACAACAACAUGAAUUGCACCUACAUCAUAGAGGCUGAUCCUUUGUCCUUGGUCUUCCUGACUUUUGUGUCUUUCCAUUUGGAAGGGCCCAGGCAAGGAUGUGGUGGUUAUCUGACAGGUUCAAAUAAUACCUUUGCCUCUCCUGAUUCUGACUCCAAUGGAAGAUAUGACAAGAACUUAAACUGCAUCUGGUUCAUCACUGCACCUGUAAACAAACUAAUUAAACUUACCUUCAGUACAUUUGCUCUGGAGGCACAAAGUAUUUUGCAAAGAUGCAUCUAUGAUUAUGUAAAGUUAUACGACGGGGAUAGUGAAAAUGCCAACUUGGCUGGAACAUUUUGUGGUUCCACCGUACCUGCUCCCUUUAUCUCUUCUGGUAACUUCCUGACGGUUCAGUUUGUCAGUGAUGCAACUUUAGAAAGGGAAGGAUUUAAUGCUACGUACACCCUUGUGGACAUGCCUUGUGGUGGGACGUAUAAUGCAACUUGGACCCCGCAGAGUAUUUCAUCACCCAAUUCAUCAAACCCAGAAAUCCUAUUUUCCAUGUGUACUUGGGUCCUCGAAGCUCCCCCACAUCAGCAGGUCAAGAUAACAGUGUGGGCCCUGCAGCUGCUCUCCCAAGACUGUGACCAGAAUUACUUAGAGUUUCAGGACUCGCCUGAGAGUCACGCAAAUCCAGGGCUUCUGGUCUGUGGCAGAAAUGCUUCGGCAACGCCAACGUUCUAUUCUUCUGGGAGCACGGCCAUUGUCAUCUUCAAAUCCGAAGUCCUCAGCGGAAACUCUAGAGUGGGUUUUACCUAUCAGAUUGCAGGUUGCAACAGAGACUAUAACAAGGCAUUUGGCAAUCUGAAGAGCCCUGGAUGGCCAGAUAAUUAUGACAAUAACUUGGAUUGCACUGUUAUCCUCACAGCCCCACAGAACCAUACUAUUUCCCUCUUUUUUCAUUCAUUUGGCAUCGAGGACUCAAGUGAAUGCACACAUGAUUUCUUGGAGGUAAGAAAUGGAAGUGACAGCAGUUCACCAUUACUUGGCACGUACUGUGGAACUCUGCUGCCAAAUCCCAUCUUCUCUCAAAACAACGAACUAUACCUACGGUUUAAGAGUGACAGGGCGACUUCUAGCCAUGGGUAUGAAAUUCUCUGGACCUCAUCACCCUCUGGCUGUGGUGGAACUCUUUUUGGAGACAGCGGCUCCUUCACCAGCCCCAGCUAUCCGGGCACUUACCCAAACAACACUCACUGCGAAUGGGCCAUCACUGCACCUGCUGGAAGACCUGUCACCAUCAGCUUUUACUUUAUCAGCAUUGAUGAUCCCGGAGACUGUGUCCAGAACUACCUCAUCCUCUACAGUGGACCGGAUGCUAAUUCUCCAUCCUCUGGACCAUAUUGUGGGGCAGACACCAACAUAGCUCCCUUUAUGGCAUCUUCACCUCGGGUCUUCAUAAAAUUUCAUGCAGAGUAUGCAGUGCAUCCCUCCGCAUUCCGAUUAACUUGGGACAGCUAGCCGCAUCCCCUGCAGGGCCCACCGACGCGACACUGGACAGCAGCCUGCCAUCCUGAUACGGCAUUCUGCCUGGCCCACUGGGAAUCAUCUGAGCUCUCUCUUUCACCAAAAUAUGUGUGGAAUCAAUGUCCGUACAUUCUUUAAAAAGUAUGCAGAAUGUAGCUACUUUAGUCUUGGCUGUGCAUGUCAUCCUUACUCCUAACAUUUUUGAGCUGAACAUUUUUAAAAAUUCUUUAAAGAUGGCAUAUGGGAUGUCAGUUGUCAAAAGUUCAUGAUAAAAUAGCAUGAUUUUCCCUGUGAAUGUCAAAUGAGGGGUAACAAACAGUAUUGAAUGGUACACAUGAUGCUGCAUGAAUUUGUAACUCAUCACAGUUUCGUCUUUCACUAGCAGGUCUAUGUACGUUUUCAGGUUGAAUUUUUACAUUUGGAUGAACUACACGAAUCCUUCAGAAUAGGAACUCUAAAACCACACUGCCUGAAUUUGCAUUCUAGCGCUCCUCGUUCAGUUCUGCCUUAACUUCUCUGCGCUUUCAUUUCCAGAAGUCCCACCACUGUCUACUCCUAGUUUCCCAACACAGUCUCUAGAGUCAUCAAUUGCUUAGCCACGCUUUUAUAAAGUUUCCUGUGGCCUUUAUCAAAGCACGAGUGCCUAUAUUAAAUAUGCAAAGUUAAGUCUUAAUAACAACAUGGGACAAAGUGAAUGAAAGAAGUUGUGGAAUGUGUUACUUCAUCUUACUGGAAUACUCAAGUGCCAGAAAAAUUAAUGCUGCACAGAGUACAGAGCCACAUACAUAAAAUAUUCUCACCUUUAAAAUUCCUGCUUCCUUGGGGCACCUGAGUGGCUCAGUCGGUUAAGCGUCUGACUUUGGCUCAGGUCAUGAU